AUGAUAAAAUCAGAUCCACCGUCGUCGAAUAAUUUCGACCGACCGAAAUUAUUACUCUUCAAAUUUCUAGCUCAUCAGAUUCAUCCAUUUGCUUAUGCAGUAAAUACAUUCCUUCAGCCAGCCUUAGAUGAGUGUAUUGUAUUAAUGCAUAGCAAUCCGCAAGAUACAUUUAACGUUUUAUUAUCACUUUCGCAAACAUUUACUCGAUUUGCACCUGAAUCAGAAUUGAUAUAUGAUGAUAUUCAACAAUUUGCAAUUCAACUCAAAGAUGCAAUUGAUCAAUGUUUCACAUGGCUUGAUCCCAAUACGAUUCGACAAACAUCACAAUUACUUGAAUCGGCUCAUCGAAGUCUUUUAGCAAUCAUUGAACAAAAACAUGUUGAAAGCACAACUUAUACAGAUAUGUAUAAAAAUAUGUCAGCUGUAUUGACAAAUCUUGAAAAGAUUAAUUCGUUGCCAAUGGAAAUGCAAUCCAUAUCAAUAGACAAACUGGUUACAGGUCAGCAACCAAUUAAACAAGAACCAAAACGCGAUGUCAUCGAACGAACAGAUCCAUUUUUUCCGAAUGGGCAUUCAAAUAGAAAUAUCAAUAGUCUUCCAAAUCGAACACCAAUGAUUACACCACCACCUGGAAUGCUGCCAAAACAAAUCGAGAAACCUACGAUAGGUUUACCACCUCCACAAAUGACAGCUCAACCGGAAUCAUACAUAUCAUCACAAAAUUCAAUUUCAUCAUCCUAUCAGAAUGAGUAUGAAAUCAUCGAUACAAAUAAACAGCCUAUAAAAAAACCAGUAGCAGCUGUAGCUUCUUUUCCACCACGUCAAAAUGCAUCACUUUUUACUUCAAUCAACUCAACUCAUGAAAAACCUACUACUACAUCAAAACCGGAUAUUGCCAAUGAUCAUGGUUCAUCUACAUUAUUAAAUAAAGCCACAAAAAAUGAUCAUACGUCUUUUCAACCAAAAUUCAACAUCAACAUUAAACAUGACAUUAUCAAUCAUCAACAAGAACGAGAUACACCUAUUUCUAUAUGUUUCAGUGAGCGUAGUGCCUCUUUAAAUAAUACACUGGGAUCACCAAGAACAUUAGUAACACCUGCUAUUUCAUCUAGUCAUGAAAAUCAGGAUUAUGCAACCAACGGACAAUAUUAUCCAAAUUCUCAUUUUUCAGGUUCCACGAGCUCCAAUACUAAAUUACAUAUUGAUCAAACGAAAAUACAAACACCUCUUUAUAUCACUGAUGAAUAUAUUCAAGAAUUUGGAAAUAAACAAAAUCGACCCAUUUUACGUGGUGAACUCUAUAUGACAUAUGGUAAGCCACAAAGUGGUCCCCAAGCAACUUGUUUACCAAUUGGUGUUGGCUUAUCAUAUGAUGAACAGACAUUAUUUUCAUGUGAUGUACACCGAAGUGCUCAAACUGUUCGGUUAUUCGAUAUUCAAACAGGACUAUUGAAACAUACAAUUUCAAGUAACCAGCAAAUGAAAUUUCAUCGUCCAGGUGCUGUUAUGAGUAAUUCACGUAAUAAUAUCUUAAUUGUUGAACGAGACUCUAUUUAUAUAACGGAGCCUGAUGGUCGUUUAAUACAAACACUUAGUCACCGAUCUAUUAAACAAUUAUAUGGUAUUGCUUUAUAUCGUGAUCGAUAUAUAUUAACAAUUGACUCAAAAGGAAUCGAUAAUCAAUCAGCUGAAAAUUGUCGUGUACUUCUAUUUGAUCCAAGCAGUGGCCAAUUAGUUUGUGAACAAAAUAUUUCAAUUAAUCGUCAACCGGAAAAUAUUCUCCGUCAACAAUAUAUGAAUAAUAUCCAAGGAAGAGUCUUACCGGAAACAACUAGUAAACCAAGAUUUAUUGCAGUACAUAAUGAUGAUAUUUAUAUCGCCGAUCUUGGUCGUAGUUUAAUUUAUGGAACAAAACUUCGAAAUCAAUUUGAAUUAACUGCUACAAGUGUUUUUGGUGGUCAGGGACGCGCAAAUGGAGAAAUGAUAGAUCCAUCAGGUUUAUUUAUUGAUUCAGGUGGCAAUAUUAUUAGUGCUGAUAGUAAAAAUGAUCGUAUUCAAUUAUUCGCAUCGGAUGGUGCAUAUAAAACAACAUUUAAAUUAAAUGAACGUAUAAAACGUCCAUCGGGUAUAUGUGCAAAUCGUGCUGGAACACAAUUUUAUGUAUCAUGUUAUUUGGCUGGUUGUGUUCGAGCAUUUGAUAUUGAAUAUUAA